UGCGUAAAUAAAAAAUGCUGAUAAACUUCAUUCGUACCAAAUCCAAAUGGUUAUAAAAUACCGUAAUCAUAUAAAACAGAGUGAUUUCUUAACAAAAAUAAGUUAAAAACAUCCCAACAUUCAAUAAUAAACGUUAUUCAUCAUAAUCAAUCUAUUUAAGUUGUUCGAUGUUUAUAGGUUAUGCGAAGAGAAAUGUCAUAGCAAAGGAAAGGUCAUAGUUUUCAAUUUUGUUACUAAUUACCGAGAAAAAUGAUUAAUGCGUUUACAAAAAAUACACACUUACCUUACUGUAGAUCAUUUUGUAUAUAAAUUUCGAGUUCCGAACGUAAAAAAACGCUAAAUGGAUCCAGCAGCCCUUCGAAAUGUACCUGACGGUGAGAAAGAUUAUCAAGCUCAAAUUAACGAAUUGCUAGAAGAAAAGCAACACAUUCAAGAGGAAUUCAACAUUCAAAGAGCGAAAUUAAAAGAACUGUUUCUAUCUAAAGAAGCCGAACUAGCUGGGAGAAUCGAGGAAAACGAACAACUUUCCAGCGAGCUAUCCAGAUUACGAAACGAAUUAGACGAUUGCAAAAGCCAGUUAGUCGUCGAUAGUAUUACUUUAGAAUCCACCUUCGAAGUAGAGAAAAGGAAAGCCGAAGAAGAGAUAGCUUCCCUACAACGACUUGUACAUGAAACCGUGGAAGAAUCGAGUUCGACUAGAUGUCUGUACGAUACCGAGUUAAAGAAACUACAAAACUACAUUCAGCUAUUACAAAGAGAAAUAAGCGAUUUGAAGACAGAGAAGAGUCAAUCACUGCAUCACAUAUCACAGGAACACAGUAGUUUGGCGCCCAGUCAAGUUUUGAACGUUCUAACCAAAGGAUUGAAGAAAUUAGGAGCGGAUUCGUUUUCGUCGCAAGAAAGCGUCGAAGAUCUAUCCAAAAAGACUGAAGAGGACGCCGAAGUGCUACGCUCCCUCGUAGAACCUCUCAACGACCAAAUAAAGGCCCUGAAAGAGAAACUGCGCGCCACCGACGAGCAAUUGCAGAAAUGCAGGACGUGCAGCCACCACUCGGACGACGGCGAUUUGUCCCCCGCGAACGCCACCACGGCCACCAACACCUCUUUCGAAUCCCACCGGCUCUUCAUCUGCGACAUGUGCAGCAACUACGAGGCGCAGCUGGUGCGCGAACAGAAGCUCUGCAAGGAGCUGGAGGCCAAAGUGGGGGCCGCCGAGAAGGCGGCCGAGCGCCACAAGGAGGAGCUGCUGAAGGAGAUCGGCUUCCGCAAGGACAUGGAGGAGAAGUGGAACGAGAAGAAGGAGGAGCACAAAAGACAGGUGACUGAAUUGACUCGUAUUACUGAUUGUACCGAGCAGGAUUUGAAAGAGCUGAAGCAGGUGUUUAAUCAGACUUGCUCGGAGAUGAAGAUGAGCCUGGGGAAAUUGACGCACGAAAGGGAAAUGGUGCAUCAGGAGCUCGUUAGAUUGCAACAGGAGAACGACAUGUUGGUGGGGAAAUAUACGGCGUGUUCGCAAGACUUGCAAAACGAAUUCAUCGAUUUGCCGAACGUCGUUGAAGAUCUUCAAGAGUUGGUGUUGAAGAGUCGACAGAACCUGAUAAUGGCCGUGAUUGGUAAAGAAGAGAUGGAGAAGAAGGCGAACGUUCUCCAAUCGGAAAUUAUGCUGUUGAAAGAUAGGAUAACGAACGAUCAGCACGAACGGAAAGGAUUAGAGGAUAAUUUGGAAAUCGAGAUUAGGUCGCUUAGGAAACAAAUCGAUCAGCUACAAAAAGAGAAGAAACAAUUCCAUUCGGAACACGAAAAAUUGACGAGUUCCCAAGUUCACAAUCGGGAGAAAUUAGAUGAGCAAACCAAUAAAAUCGAAGAAUUAACCAAAGCAAUAAAAUCCACGGAAAAACAAAACAACGAACUAAAAACCAGAGUACUUUCACUUCAACAAGAAUUAGACAACACCGAAGCGGUCCAACAAGACUUCGUUAGGCUAUCGCAAAGUUUGCAAGUUCAAUUAGAAAAAAUCCGCGAAUCCGACGUGGAGGUGCGAUGGCAACACGACGAAGACGUCGACGCCUGUCCGGCCUGUCGCUCGGGCUUCGCCUCGGCCAAGCACAAGCAGCACUGCAGGCACUGCGGCCAGAUAUUCUGCCAGAAUUGCCUCGCCCGGACCGUCCUAUCGGGGCCCCACGGCCGCCCUUCGAAGGUCUGCGACGUCUGCCACACGCUGUUGAACAAGUCGUCGGCGCCCUAUUUCAGCGAGGCGCCCCCCAUGACUUGAGCCCCGAUUAGAAAUUUCGAUUAGAAUGGUGACACGUUGAUUAGUAUUUUUAAAAUUCUAUGCUUGUACUUGUACAAAGUUAUUAUUACAUUGUAACGGUUUAUCCCGAAUGAGAAUCGGUGCAUUCGAAGUUUUAAAUUUCUGAAUAUAGUCUAUAAUAAAAAGCGUAUUAA